UUUUCAAUGGACGUAUUCUAUUUUAUAAACCAUUUACAUGUUUUCAAUCCUUGAUCUAAUAUAAAAUUUGUUAGAAAUGAAGUGCAUAUGGACAGUGUUGCUUCGUCCGUGACUAGCUUCAUCUCAGUGGCAGUUUGUUUAUGUAUUGGAAGACAACAGAUUGGUGCAGGCCGGCGGCAUCCGCGAACACAGAAAUGAUUCUUCCUACGUUUCAGUGAGAGCGGUGCGCGUGAAUGUAAUCGCAGAAGUUGCGGGCGCAAGUAGUGUGUUACGCUGGCGUUUACAGAGAACUUUAUCAAAAUUAGCUUUACGAUGAAGUGAAUUUCUGAUCGCGAAGUGUUAAUUAUUUUCUAUCGAACUUAAAAUUACGUUCAGACAUUAAGAAAAAAAUUAAUUAGGCAGUGGGUUUAAAACACAGGAUUGAAAAUAAUUUGGUUGUGAUAAAUAUAAGGGCUUCCAAUUUACACCUUAAUGUUUCUACGACAUGAGCAAACGUUUUCUUGACGCUUUUCGUUUUAAAAGUGUUGUUACAUUUUUUUUGUACGUGCUUUGUACGAUGAAGUGAGAAGCAAGCGAUGACUGCGAAGGAAGUGGAACUGACAGGUGGCGUACCCUGGGGAUUUCGCAUGCAUGGCGGAACUGACCAGAACCAGCCGCUUAGAAUAUCACGGGUAAAUCCAGGACGGAAGGCAUCUUUGAGCGGUAUCCGUGAAGGCGAUGUCAUUUCGUCCAUAAACGGGCGGUCUACCAGGAGCAUGAGUAAUGCUGAAGCUCACGCCAUGCUGCGAACAGCUGGUCCAGUCCUAAGACUUGGCCUAAACGAAGACAGAGAGAUAUCGCCGCGAAGGAGAUCUAUCGGCAAAGGAACGGAUUUAAAACGACCAUCGCAGUUGAUUGCUGAAGUACAGUGUGGAAGAGCGACGCCUCAAGCACCGGUUUAUGCAACGAUAAGAUCAUCUGAAUCACCGAUUAAACGUCCGUCUCCAUCAGGCAUUCGUUCUUCAUUAAGUUCCUUGCCUGGCGAAUUUCAUUCGACACCCCUUGUGAAAUCGCCAACAAAUUCCGAUAAUACUAUUGGAUUUCACCCGACAAAUCCAUUUUAUACUACUCUCCCUUCAAAUUAUUUGAGUACUUCCAGAUUACCUGUGCCGAAUGGUAAAGCUAAUACUUUAAAUUUAGAUAGAGAUAAACCUAAACAGUCGUCGCCAUUCCACGAUUGUGGUGGAGAUAUACAAUCUACCACGAAUCAUGAGCGAAUACUACAGUCUGGUUCCAGCGGUCUUCCAUAUUAUAAUCACAAUAAUGUGAAUAAAAUCAACGGCUACGAAAGUCCAACAUCAAAAUUUGUUAACAAAACGGACUUUGGUCAUUUUGCUAAUAGCUAUAAAGAAUUUAAUGAGCAAACAGACCAAAGUCUACCGGAUGAGUCUAAAAAUCCAUUUGCAACAAAAAGAAACAGCGAUCCUUUUGAAAAGUAUUUACGUCCAGAACAUAAUACUAAUGGAAAAACUGAUGCCAACAUUAAAACAAUACCGAUUUCGAUGAGCGAUAACAAUUUUCAAACUAAAGAAGAAAUAACGCAACGUUCAACUGUAACUGAACAUAAGAUAAAUGAAAUCGAAGAAAUUAAGACAAUCAAGAAGAUAGUUCUGAACGAAUACGAUAGAAUGCGUGAUACCAGACAAGACGAUUGUUCUAAAAUUAUUCGCGAUAGAAAUAAUCAUUCUGAUAAAUCUUCAAGAGUAAGACGCAAUGAAGAUUUUCGUCAAGAAUCACCAAGUAAAGAACAUCCUAUAUUACCAAGGAAUGGAUGUCAUAAUCCACAAAAUGAAGAGAAUAAUAAAAGGAGCUGGAGUUCCUUAUCUAGUACGUACGAUCAGUACAAAUCCGAGUAUGAAAACUUCACGAGCACUUCAGUUACGGGCUUUGUUCCUGAACAAUUCAGGUGCGAUUACACGAUAUGUACAUAUCAAUGCAUUCAACCCUCCAAGGCAAUGUGGAACAGCAAAAGGGGUGGAUCGUUAUACUGGCUUAUAGUACCGAUACGACACGAAUUUAUACCGAUUACUUUCGUCCUCACGUUUCCCAUGUGCAAGCUUAACAAAAUGCUCUACGUGCUACCUGAUAUAUUACGUACAAUGUGCCUACGCUAA